CACAUGCUCUAGGGUGGUUUUAUCUGUCCGAUAAACAGAACUGAUCAACAAAGCUGUACCAAGCUGUGAAUUAGAUUAGACAAUAAUGUUAUUUAGCAUACUCCACCUCCUGCUGUGGAAAUCCUACUAGGUUAUAAUAGUUACAAGUGCUUCUUUUCUUAUGGUCUAACCUUCAGAACAUAAAGGACUGGGAGAUAAUGGAUGAUCUGCAGGCAGAUAUGGGUCCUAGUGGAGAGACCACGCAGGAUAUGAGUCCCCCAGGCAUUUGUGAAGGCUACCUGAUGAAGAGGAGGAAAUGGCCCCUGAAAGGCUGGCACAAGAGAUACUUUGUGCUGGACAAAGGCAUCCUCCGAUAUUCAAGAAGUCAAUAUGAUAGUUCUAAGGGGAAGUUAAGUGGGUCGAUGGAUGUCAGUCUUGCAGUGAUGUCAGUAAACAGAAAAGCAAGACGUAUAGACUUAGAUACAGGAGACAACCUCUAUCACAUCAAGACAAAAAGCCAUGACUUGUUCUACAUUUGGGUGACCAAACUGAGUGCCCAUCGCAUUUAUAAGAAGAACGAGGCAGCACAUGUUCACAAUGGCUUCCUGCAUGCUCUGUCUCAUGGCAGCAGCGUAGUUCAGAGGAAUGGUGCCAUGCAAGAUGUGUAUCAUAGCAUAUCUGGCUCUUACCUGGCUGAUGUGGCUGCUCAGAGUACAGAUCUGCCCUCUGCUAAUCCUGGUGUCAAUGGGAAAGUGUCUGCCUGGCUGCAGCAGGCUCAGGACCCAGACAGCUGCACUCAAGAACUGAACCGCUGUCAGAUAGAUUUGAAUGAUCUGAACCGACUAGUCCAGAAACUGCACUGCCUUGAAUCAGGCCAGGCUUUUAGCAAUGGAGAACUUCAGAGGAUCAUCAGCAUGCAGAAUCUUUCACUUGAAAAGCCUAAGAAGAAAUGUGGCAGAAUUUGGGGCCACUCUCGCACACUUUCUCGGGUUGAGGCUCUAGGAAUGUUAUCAUCCAGCCACUUGAGUGUUUCGUCCCACCUGGGCACCUCUGCGCCCUCCAUCCCUGAUUAUGUCUACUCCCAGCUGGCUCCUCCAGCCUACAGCUCUUCUGAGAGCAGGAAGCUCCACCAGGACAUCUGUGCUGUGUCCCAAAGAGUGCAUGCUUCUCUGAGGUCAGUGCUUGAAGCUCUGUCUCAGGAGCGCCAACGGCUACAAGAAUCAUGGACCAGUGGAGAGCUCCGCCAGAACACUUCCGCUCAGAUCAGCAGCCUGUGUUCCACCCUAACUGAGUUGGAUGUGCAGUCCCGUCAAACACAAAUCCACGCAAGGUCAGAGUGCUCUGACACCUCUGAGGAAUCCUACCACACUGUGAGACAGAGAAAGUCUGAAUCUGGACGGCGUUCCUCUGGCCGACCACCCUCAGUAGCGGAUUCAAUGGCAGAGUAUUUUGAUGCAUGUGAUGACAUCUGUGCAAGCUCCACUGAGGCAUCAGAUGAGUCAGGUCUGAGUGAUGCCUCUAGUAACUCAGAGCCUGAUGAGGGUCAUGCAACAGCAACACGAAAGUACCGGGCCAGCCUUUCCAAGGCACAUUCAAAGUCCAAACGAGUCCUGCAGAACACAGGCCACCGCACAACCCUGCCCGCAGUCUGUCCCAAUAACAGCCAUGUAGGUCUCAUGGCCAUCCUUUAUAACAACAUUGGCAAGGACCUGUCACGUGUGUCUAUGCCUGCAGCCCUGAACGAGCCUGUCAAUCUGCUCCAGAGGCUUUGUGAGGAGCUGGAGUACUCAGAACUACUGGACAUAGCAAACCGGACAGAUGAUCCUUACCAGAGAAUGGUUUACAUUGCUGCCUUUGCUAUUUCUGGCUAUGCCACAGCUCAAUACCGUAACCGUUAUAAGCCCUUUAACCCAGUUCUGGGGGAGACAUUUGAGUGUAUAAGGGAGGACAGAGGCUUCUGCUACAUCAGUGAACAAGUUUGCCACCAUCCACCCAUCUCUGCUUGCCAUGCUUCCUCUGAUAACUUUUGUUUCUGGCAGGACCAGAGGUGGAAGAAUAAAUUCUGGGGAAAGUCUUUGGAGAUAAUGCCAGCUGGAAUGAUCAAUGUUACUUUAUCAAGGUAUGGAGAUCACUACGAGUGGAAUAAAGUGGUAACGUGCAUUCACAAUGUUCUCAGUCAGCAGCGCUAUCUAGAGCACUAUGGGGAGGUCACCAUUCGCAACCUCAACAGCUCAGUCUGUAUCUGUAAGAUCACAUUUGUCAAGUCUCGCUACUGGGGCUCAGAUGCAAAUAAAAAUGAGGUUCGAGGUCAAGUACUUGACCAGAGCGGUAAUGUUGUGCAUCGAUUUGGAGGAUUUUGGCAUGAAGGGAUCUUCUGUGAUACGCUGCCCAACCCACAGUGUAUCUGGAAGCCAAACCCUCAGCCCAAGGACUACAUCCUCUAUUAUGGCUUCUCCAACUUUGCUAUGGAAAUGAAUGAGCUGACCCCUAACCUCAAACCUCUGUUGCCCCCCACAGACUCACGCUUGCGUCCCGAUCAGAGGAUGCUGGAGGAAGGCAGGGUGGACGAAGCAGACAAGAAGAAAGAUGAAGUGGAAGAAAAACAAAGAGAGCGGAGAAAAAUUCUUUCCAAGAGAGGGGAGGAGCAUAUCCCCCGCUUCUUCAGGAAAUCUAUUGAUGCUGCUGGUAGAGACGUAUGGGUGACAAAUGGAACUUACUGGAAUCUCAGAGAGAAUCCUGGAUUUGCUAACAUCAAAAACUUGGAACUGUGGUGAAGCACAAAGACAGACAAACAGAGAGAGACAAAGAGAGAGAGAGAGUCUCUUUGGACAAUAAAAGAGGCAUGAUUUCCUUUAUUCUGGUAAAACAGACAUGGACCCUGGAGCAUGGAUGAACUGCCCAGAAGCUGCUGAGCAAGGAUAGUGCUCAUACGCAUCAUACUCAGACCAAGCUUUCCCUGUUCUCACUGCUGAAGCACUCAAGCUUUGUCUUCUCUAUCCUUAACUGACCAUCUGGUAUUGAAGAGUGCAUUUUGUAUCUAUAUCUGCCUUCUCCCUUCAAAUAUGUGGGUGCCUGUAGCACAAACUGGACACAUGAAGCCGUGGAAAGUUCUUUCCAUCACGGCCGUACCAAGGGGCUGGGGAGAAAUUAUGAUAUUAUGAUACUAUUAUUAUACUACUACUAUUAUGAUGCAUGUUAUGGAAUAACUGAGAUUUGGGAGGAAGACCAUGCCUGAAACUCCUCCUGCCUCUUAUGUAAUUUCUAAAGUUAGAUAGGAGGGAGGAGUUACUUGAGAAAGUUUUAACCUCCCUAUCUCCUCUAUGUUCCUCAGUCUUAGAACUUUGGCCUUCUAGUGUAAAGCAGAAGCCCUAAGAACUCCUGCCCAAGUUCUCAGAUUCUCCUCAUACUACAACCAGAUGUUAAUGAUGUGGUCUGAACUAGCUGAAGCCUUAACUCUUCUUCUUGAUACAGAUCAGUAACCAUUUGUGUCAUAUAGGUCAACUGAGUCUCACUAAAGAAGAAACUUAGAGUAGAAGUCUGAUAUUAUGGGACUCCUAAAUGGCACAGUUGUUUAAGAGACUUUGAAUCCUGUGGCCAGGAGUCUAAGCAAGUACAGAAGGCCCCGCUGCUCUGCAGGGGAGGAUAGCUGUCCUCUCCUGCCCAUCUACAGCACUACAGGCCAAUUGUGGCCAUCUGAGAUUACACUUUGUGUUUAUUAUCUUAUAUGCAUAGCAAACUUGGUCUUUGUGCUCACUCUAGCUUGUAUGUAGCACUGACAGUGCUAAAAAGUAAUACAUCAGGAUUAUGUGAUAGGGUAAUAAUAAGGUGAAAUGCAUACAUUUUGUACAUGUUUUGUUUUCUGUUCUCAAAGCAAUAUAGUAGGUUUUCAUUAGUUUAUGCACGUGGACGAGUAUUCGGUCACAACAAGAGAGGGGAGUAAUAUGGAACUAUCUGUAGCUUUCUCACACAGCUUUUUUACAGAAAUACUUUCAUGGUAGAUUGUCUUGCAUGUGUAAGGACUUUUUCUUUUUCAAAGUCAUAGCUCACCCAGGAAGACUUCCUCUAAUAGGAUUAAGUCUAAUCUGGUCCCUCACACAGGAACCACACAGUCUGCUCAGAGAGGAACUUCUUUUGUAUGUGUAUAUUUCUGUAAUCCAAAUAUCUUACCAUGUAAAUGUAUACUAUUGUAUUAACUGAAAACUGUCAUUACAAAUAAGCAGCAAAUAUCAGCACAAUGCAGGUGUUAGAUUGUAUGUGAAGUGUCAAUUCACACUUGAAUUGUUUGAUUAGAAAAAAAACAUUCCUCCUAGGCU